CUCUUUUUGGUGGAAAAAUAUGUUUAGACGGUCAGCUGGUUGCAAUGUAAGAACACUCUCUCUCUCGGCUUUGUGACUGGAGGAAGCUCCAUUUAGUUUAUAUUCGUCUGUGCUGUUUAGUGCGCACGCAUAGUUACUCCCUGCGUCGAUUUAAUUAUUUCUUAAGGCACAGAUUUCUUUACCAUUAACGCCAAUAUAUACACAAUAUUCCUUCCACCAACCCAAAUCGAACACUUAUUAAUUUAUAUUUACUCCCAAACACUGAUUAUGCUUCCACGGACAUAUAAUUAAUACAUGUGUUGUGAAGAUAAAAGUUGCUUAUACUCCCGGUCAAAAUGACAUAGAGGGAGAGUGCCUGUAAUAAAAAAACGAGUUUAAGAGAGAUAUAGUGUAAUGAAUUUUCUCUGUGCUAAAAAUUGUGAUAUUGAACAACAAACGCAUGCGUAAGACUUUGGACGUAAGGAUCUUCAACUGAAAAGCUUCUAAAAUUCUAUAAAAUAUAUUUUUUUGCUCCAAAUUAUAUACAGCCUUUUUUUAUAUUGGAGCAUAAAAUCAGUGAAUUUAUUUAUAGUUCAACGUAUAUUACAUAAUAAAUUAUAUUUUUGUUUUGACUUCUCCCGAUACGAGGAAAGACAGAUAAUCCAUUCAUUUACUAAUCCAGUGAAACUCAAGUGCUUUUCUCUAUCAAUAUGUGUUGUGAUAGUUUUAAAAGUAAAUACAUCUUCAAUGCAUUUUUCCUCAUCACAAAUAUCCUACAAUAUUCACACGGUCUGCAGAACUCAAUUGAAUUGAGUGUGGACAGAAAAUACUUGGAAUAUAGCGACGAUGUGCAAAACUAUUUGAUGAACUAUGGAUAUCUGCCAAAAUCAGAUAUUGAGACGGGAAAUUUGAGGACAGAAUCCCAACUAAGAGAUGCAAUACGUAAUCUUCAGAACUUCGCAAAUAUACCAGUAACUGGCGUUAUAGAUCAACAGACGGCGAAUUUACUUAAGAAACCUCGCUGUGGUGUUCCUGAUGAUCAAGAAACAACAGACUUUUAUGCAAACAACCGAUACACACCCUCAAGACGAUUCAAACGCUAUGUUAUCUUAGGACCUAAAUGGAAUCACACCAAUCUAACAUGGAGUCUGGUCAAUCAUUCCAUGCCAACUCUAAGCGUCGGUCAAGUACGGCGAGUUCUACGCGAUGCACUAAAUGUGUGGGAAAGAAAUUCAAAAUUAACAUUCCGAGAAGUUAACAGUGAUAAAGCUGAUAUUCAAGUGAUGUUUGCCAGGGGAAAUCACGGAGACGGAUACAAUUUUGAUGGGAUUGGGGGCAUUUUGGCACAUGCCUUUUACCCUGGGGGCGGUCGUGGGGGUGAUGCUCAUUUCGAUGACGACGAGAAAUGGCUCAUAGAUUCCAAUGAGGAUGGAAAAGGCGGUACAAGUUUAAUGAGUGUGGCGGUACACGAAUUUGGACACUCUCUGGGACUUGGGCAUUCAUCCGUUCCAGAUUCAAUAAUGGGCCCCUGGUAUAACACCUACAAGGAGGAAGGACAACUGCCGGAAGAUGAUCGUCUGGCAAUUCAGCAAAUUUACGGAACCGGAAGAAAGCAAUUUGCUCACAACCCCCAUCAUCAUCGACAUCAUUACCAAACGCACUCACCCCCUACUCAUCCGACUACAACAACAACCACAACGACAACCACCGAAAGACCUACAAGGCAUAGAAUAUACUACCCCGAACGAAGGGACCCAAUAGAUAUACCCACUCGGAGACCCCACUGGACUUGGUAUCCAAACUAUCCCAGAACAACAACAACAACAACAACAACUCCUAGAACUUAUCCCACAAGGCCCACCUACAGCGAUCCCUAUCCCGAAGAUCCUAGGUAUGAUUCACCUAGAAAGCACAAACCCACAAAAUCAGACAAACCAGCCACUUGCAACACAAGCUAUGACGCUAUUUCCGUUAUCCGAGGGGAGUUGUUUAUCUUCAAGGAUCGGUAUUUUUGGAGAAUUGGUGAUAAGGGUCUCCAUGCUGGAUACCCUCAUGAAAUCCGUCUACUUUGGAAAGAGAUUCCCGAAGAUUUUACGCAUGUUGAUGCUGUGUAUGAAAACAAGGAUCUUCAAAUUGUUUUCUUUAUAGGAAAAAAAUAUUACGUUUUCAACUCAAACCGGCUCGAAAGAGGUUAUCCCCGUCCACUUACUGACCUGGGUCUUCCUGAAUCCUUAGAAAAAAUUGAUGCUGCCAUGAUCUGGGGUCACAACAAGAAGACGUACUUCUACAGUGGCACUCAGUACUGGGGAUUUGACGAAGAGAUUAAGAGGGUGGAAUUGGACUAUCCGCGCGAUAUGUCCAUGUGGGGAGGCAUAGGCUAUCAUAUUGAUGCUGCCUUCCAGUGGACAGAUCAUCGGACGUACUUCUUCAAAGGCAAGGGCUUCUGGAAGUUCAAUGAUCGUAAAAUGAGAGUGGAACAUAUUGAGCAGAAACCAUCAGCUCCAGUUUGGAUGAGAUGUCCUAGGACAUCCAAUGAGAUUGAUCCACCAAAGAGGAGGGACGCAUUAGUUGCAUUAUCGUCAGCUAUUCACACAAUCAAUUACACCCUCUUGCUACCAACAAUUCUGCUUCUCUCUCAUGCAAUACUGUGUUACAUAAAAUAAUUAACUGCCAUUUAAUAGCAAUGUAAUUUUUUUUAAUUUAAUAAAUAUCAUGUUUUACGAAUA